AUGGUCGAUUGGAGGGAACUUGGAUAUGUGCCAGACUCCGAUGACGAGGACGAGGACUUUGAGAAUGUCCAGGUGACCCAGGAUUGCCGCAACAUCACAUACGCCGUGAACGAUGGUUCAAAUCUGCCUGGCCGAUCAACGUGCUGGCCUCAUGAGCCAACGGAAGCCAAACACACACAGGAAAACGGGGUACUUGAUAAUCUUGCCGCCAUCAAAGAAAAUGCUGUUCCGUCAUUUCCACCCAACGACCAAGAUGCCCGAGAUUGUCUCCCGGCAGUACCCAUUGCUGGAAGCUCCGCACAGUCUACUGCCAUACUUCUCGAGGCCGAGUUAGGAAAGGGACUACGAACUGUGCAGCACGUGCUGUCUACCGCAAAGGAAGGAUUUGUUGGAGAUGACGAUGACAGUGAUAGUCCUCUUUCAUCGCCUCCGGACUCUCCCCGGAGUGUGGUUGACCAUGAAGUCUCUGCCCCUGUCCCUGUGCGUCUUCCCGACACUAGACAAACCAACGAUGAUCUCAACGGGGAUUUGAUGCGGCAAUUGAUCCGACGGUCUCUCAGAACUCGAAAUCCCAUUCAACUGCAUCCAUAUGCACUAGAGGAUGCCAGAUACCGCCAGAGUUUGAAGGAAAGAGGGCUGAAGCCUGUCCGAGCCCCGAAUCCCAGCUCAAAACUUCACCAUGGACUUGGAGAAGAGUCUCAGAGUGCGGAUGCUUAUGAGAGCAGUCAGACCCAGACACUAGAUCAAGAUCCUCAGUCAUCCAGCCAGAUCCAGACAGUUAGUGACGAGGAAUCUCAGAGUCCUGUACGCGCAACCCGGACUCGUCCGACUAUCUUUGACCUGCCACUAGACGAUGAUCUUCCCGAGCUCUCAGACCUUUUAAAGGCGCCUGUUAACCUUGCGAUGGCCAAAAGGCCGAAGAACACAAAGAAUGUGAAGCGACGAUCGGUCUCGGCAACGAUUCCAAAUGAUGAUUUUCAGCUUUAUGAUCUUCCAGGGGAUGAAGGCGACACGCAGACUAGGCCUAGAACGAUAACAAAAAGGAGAAGAUUCAUUAUUCCACCCUCCCCUCCCCAGUCUCGAGGGACCUUGUCUUCCGAUGACAGCCCAAGGUCUCUCAACCGCCUACCAUUGCCUAGCAGCGCCACACCUGGGCCUCUUCCAACUCCUUUACUAUCUUCCGAGAGACAUGCUAGGACGAGAGUGAUUGAGCCCGAUAGUUCAGAUUUUGAGACAUCCAUUGAGAGUGGCGGCGUUGAAGACGCUAGCAGUUCUUCUGAAGGCUCUGGUGGGAGUCCUCAAGGUAUACAAGGCAUUCGCCGCAGAAUUAAAGGUGUUCUACCAGCCUCUUGGUUGAAAUUAGACAUCAAUAAGCAGCAGAACCGUCACGGCGAGGAUCAGAGACGGGGCCGAUCUCCGGUGAAGGCUGUCGCAGAAAAAGGGGUCGCCCAACGAGUUUCGAGAACUGGACGCCCCAAUCGACCAGACGGUCCAAAUGAGCCAGGAACCGAAAUUCUGGCUCUUUUGUCCGACAGUGAUUCGGAUGUGUCCAUCACGGCAAAUGGCGUCAGUGAAGCGACCUAUGAUGAUCCGGUAGACCUUGUUGAUGAUGUGGUCGAAGAUAACGAAAUUGAUGCUAUGCUUGCUCCUAGAACCCGAAAGCCAACAUCAGCCCGCAAAGAGCCCCGAAAAGGACAUAAGCUACUACCAAACGCAAGGUCGACACCUGAUAGCAACAAACGUGGAGCUGAUGCAGAUAGCCAUCACUAUGUGAGUUGGCCGACCAAAAGAUCCAGCUUGAAGCCGGGUUCACGUUCGACGAAACGAGUCAAGAAGAAACACAGAAACCUUCAAAUGACUGUGCUAGAGGCCCCAGGCUUUAAAGAGAAGGAGGUGCCACGAUUUUUGAGAAUCGCUGGAAGACGUAGAGCAAGAUUUCUUGAGCGACUGGCACAGGAACCGGCGCGGAAAUUCUUCAAGAUGUCCACCAUGCAAGAUACUCUGGACGUCAACCAAGAACUAGACCUAUGGAAAGGUCGGCAGCGAACGAGACACAUCGCUAUCUCUCAUAGCACCGAGCGUGCUCCUGUUCAUGCUGGAUUACACCGUGAUCAUAAAGAGCCUCGUGCAGUUGGCUUCGAUCAGCCAAGCUCAGAACUCGAGUCUCUGAAGAAGGUUACGAGAGAUACUCUUCAACGUGUACGGCAAAAUCAUCAAUUCAACCCUCAACGACCAGCCUUCAACCGAAACGUCCUGUCUCCUGGGAUCCGUGACUACUUUCCGACUCAACCUGGACAACGAAAGAGGAUUGGCCCUAGGUCGUUGCACCCUUCGAUUGAAACUUUUCGACCGUCUUCUAGAAAACGAACCUCGACCAUACACCCCCCGAAACCUAUAAAACCACCAACGCUCCAGUCCGUAGGCAUCGGCCCCUUGGUUAGUGAUGCCUCUUCAGCCAAACGUUACCAAAGGAAGGCACUACCCAUCAGGUAUUCAAUUCAUCACACUAACUGCGGACGUACAACACUGACAAGCAACAGCAGAGCAAGUGACGCAAGACUUCAUAAUCUUGAGGACAUUUCCUGCCACAACGGCACUAGUGCUGGGAGCAAGAGUCAUGUUAGAUCUAGUCCUCCUAGUGCUCAAAGCAUAAGCGUAUCCUAUGGUCAUUCCCUUUCUCCGAUAUGCAGUGAACUUCAGAGCCCUCCAAAACCAACUCUUCAGCAUAGCAUGCUUGUCCCUGCGGCGCAGUUCUUGAAGAAUAGUUUGGCAUCGUCGACAAUGACAUCAAUGUCCGAUCCUACUCACCUGUUAGCAGCGAGGACUGCAUACAUAUCAGUCAGGACGCCGAUAUCCGAGCAUGCCGUCCCCUGCGGUUCCUGGUCACAAGUUGCCCAGGACGUCACCAAUCGUACUUUCACUGAAAUUCAGUCAAUCCUUGCCAGCGACAUGAGCCAGGCGGCCUACAUCCCUAUGUUGCGAAACGCUACUCGAUCACUAGAGACUAUGGUCAGGUACAUCAAUGAGGGACUCUACUUUGACGAUCAAUUCCAUCUGAGGAGUUUCAUUGGAUGUAUGUCAGAGAAGCUGGAUACUAUCUUGAAGUCAUUUGAUUCAUAUCUGACGUCAAGUGUCGGAUCGAUUUCUCCUGAGCUGGCCCCUAUCCUCGACAAUCUGAUGCUGUUGGCAUAUCAAACUUCUAGGCUGGCGACACUGGACGAGGAGAACAGCAUUCACCGAUGCACAGAAGUCCUGCAUAAACUUGCUACUCAUGCCUUUGUGCUAGCAUUCAGCGAGCAAUAUCUCAGAAAACUCUCUCGAGCCAUCUGCAAGAAUACAGAGGACGAGCCUACCAUGGAUGCAGCCGUCGUGGAAGUAUCGGCUUCUGAAAUCGAGACUAUAGCGCUGAUCCACAGGCUCGGCAUCAGCAGCUUCUGUCUUUCGCAAUUGAACGAGACGCUAUCAAGCCAUAAGAUCUAUACUUCACUUAGAGGGCCGGACGAGAUUCUUGUCUGCGUUAUCCUGAUCCUUGCCUGCUUUUACACUAUUCUUGGAAAGGAUGAGGUGGAAAACUACAGUCGGCCAGGAGGCCCCUCUUUAGUUUCACCAGGAUUGAUCGCUUUGUCGAACGCAGUGAACGCAUUCAUCCCUUUCUCCUUGGAUGCGCAACACAAGAGGAGAAAAGAUGUGAGAUACACUUGGAUGCUUCAGCGCUUUGGAAUCACAGCCUUCCAGUGGUGUCUAUUUCUUGUACGCAUCUUAGACGCCAACGACGCAAACAAUCUUUUGAGGAAGAUGUUCAAGCACUAUUCCGACAAGGCCAACAAUAUGCUAGACUUCUUCGGGCACAGUCAACCUGGGACACCUGCGUUUCUCGACAAUCAGCUCCCUGUCUCGGACUUGGUUCCUGAACCUCGUGACACAGAUUAUGUGGUAUUUUUGAAGCUCGUCGCCUUCGUUCUCGGUUCUGUUCCGGGUCGCGAUCACGAUGACUCUGGAAUGGAGGCAAAACUUGCUAUGCGCAAACUGUCGCUGAUUUUCAGUCUGUUGCCGAAUACAGGUCCAGAUGUUGAAGAUGACAAGCCAUUACACACUGUGGAUUAUCAAGCCAUGGCUAAUCGCUAUCUGCUGUUCGUGACAUUGUACCACUACUCCCCUGCAGGACUGAAACCUGAGCUCUCUCAGAUUCGGGGCCUAGUCAAGUUCGGAAAGGCUCAUUCUGCUGUGUGUGGAAUAGUUCUAGACAGCUGGUUCAGAAUCGUCAAAUCGAUUGUCUCGCAACCAGUAUACACAUCCGAGCUCCGGCAACUUGGAUCGUGGAUUCAGGACAUGAUCCUUCAGAUCCAUGACAAAAUUGAGCUGCUUCCGCUCAGCUCUACCCAGUGUGACAACUUCGAGACACAUCAACGAAAUCGAGAUAGUGCAAAUCAACUGCUACGCAAGCUUGCUGGGGUGUAUGCUGACGCGAUCGACCGCUGCUUGACCGAGACUCAGGCGACUGACCUACUCCAGGGCGGUCGGUUAGAUGACUUGAUUGAAUUAUGCAGUCCUUCUCUGAAGCUCAACGACGAGACCGUCGCAGCUAUUCUCUGUGUCAUUGUGUCAUUCGUCAAGAAAUGCCGGAAUUUUGCCUUCUCGGUACCAGAACUACAACAGCAGCUUCGAAGGAUUCUCGUUGCGCAGCUUCACCGGGCAUUUCCCCUGGAAGACGCAUUGCUGAUCUCAUUGGUUGACUCAUGGUUCGCGAUUGCAUUCUCGAAGGUUGUUUCGGGUAGCGAAGACUGGGACACCUAUCUUUCCAACUGGGGAGCACACUCUUUUACGCGGCUUGCAAGUAACCGACCAGGGACACAUUGUCACAUCCUGUUCGUAAGCAAGGUUGUUGCUGACGAGCAGUACUUGAACGCGAAUGUGUUUGAUCUCCUUGAAAUCUGGUUGUCGUCUAUACUGAAGCCGCUGAGUGACAUGAAAUUUGAGCAUGUCCUGACGAACAAUUUACUACAGCAUGCUCCCCGCAUGCUUGGGCUGGCUGCUCUACAUCCGGAGCGAACAAGCGGGAGAGAAUGUUCUCUCCUCAGCUUCGAUGAUUUCAUCCACCAACGCCAGUCCAUCCUGAGACAUGUUGUCCGUCAAAUCUACCUUGUUGGUGGAGCUGGAACCCCCGAAGCAGAAUCUUGCAAGGAUCAGUUGUUGCGAUUACUACGAACCAUUUCUAGAGCUAUGAACAAUACCUGGGAACGGACGCCACAUGAAGAACGAACUGCGUUAGCCGGUUUCAUGCACGGACUUGUUUUUGAGCUUAAUAUGUCCCCGUUUCCAGAGUUCAAAUGCGAUUUCUCUUACAUUACAUACGCUACGACUGCGCAAGACAAGGCUAUCCAACUCGAAGGUCUGUUUAUUCGGAACACGGCACAAUCUGAUCCUGUCAAUUACGAACUUGCUGUCCAGGUCUUUGGGGACGUUUGCCAAUUGGCAUCGUUGAGGGAGCGGUAUGAAAUUAGCGAUCUCCUUGCAGCAACAUUCUCCGCGAGUGAUUUUAACUACAUCGAUGAUGAGGGGCAAUUUCGCUUGGAUCUCCAUGCUCAGCUAGUCUUCAUGAAGGCCGUCUUCCCUGUCUGGCUUGAGCAUUCUCUCACCCAGCUCGUGGAUCAUAAUCAUUCCGCACUCAGUGUCGUCCUUGCCGUUGCUCUCCAUGUCCUUGAUGCUCUCGAACUGCGAGUCGACCUUGAAGACCAGUCGCGGAUGGAACAAUUUGCCGAACUUACUGUGGCCAUGCUGGCGGCUGUCGCGAGAGCCUUUCAGAGCGCUUCUGACGGCAUUUCCUACCAUGCCAGGAAACUGGAGGUGCUAGCCACCCUCGUAUCUCUUUGUUCGAGGUGCUGCAGCCGUUGGGCUCACCUGCAGCUUCUAUUUCCAGGCUCUGAACGACUCGCAGCUCUGCAAUUUCACGUGCAAGGACACGGGCUUCAUAUCUACAGCCACGCUUGUAAAGCCGUUGGAAGGGAUUGCCGACCUUCCUGGGUGAAGGAGGUUGACUUCAUCCUUGCGGAAGCUGGUUUUGCUGAUCCGGAAGAGAUUGGUAUGAUCAGGGGCUAUGCGGUCAAGGAUUUGGACCGGCUGGGUCGCAACGGGCAAGAAGACGAAACAUCAGUGGACAUCGCGGGGUCCAGAUUGCAGGUGGGAUGUGCUGUGGAGGAGAUGGCGGAAGUGUUAGCCUUGUUGGGUGUGGACCAGGAUUGGAAAGUGAGCACAUCGUUAGAGUAA